AUGGACCAAACAGGGCUGGAUAGCCCGACUGCAAGCCUCCAGCGUUGGGAGCCCGAGGGACUGGGCAGGCCCGAGCAACAGGCCCGUGAGGAAUCGCCAGCCCGUGAGCCCGAGGCGCAUGCGCCUCACCCGCGCGUGGGGGCGCAUCAGCAGACAAGUUUCAUACCACAGGGGCCCGCGGAGCAGUCAGCCUCAGUUACCGUUGGGAAGCCAAGUGGCUUCCCACGGUGCGUUCGAUCUGAACAGCUCUUUAACUUGGACCGUUCAAUCUCAAUGGUGGAUAGCAUAGUAUAUUGCCUGGGGAAGGUUUCACAUGCUGGAGUUGCUCUUAGAGACGCUAAGAAAAACGCGUAUACGGAGAUAGGUCUUAACAAAUUGAAAGAUAAAGAUCGCAAGUAUCUCAUGACGAUGUCCAGAAUUUGGAAGAAGCUAUUGGAAAUGUCGAAAGCUGAGUACCCCUUGAGAUCCUGCCGACGAGCUGAUUAUUUGAGAGAUUCAAAAAGCAAAAGGAAAGAUCCCUCAAUGCGACAACUGCAUCUGCAUGUUUUUAGCCAGGAUUUCGAUUCAAUACAUUUGAAGAACAAGAAACAGUGGAACUCCUUCAACACUGCUUUCUUUCGAGACUCCAUGGAUGCAGUAGAGGAAGUCAGUAGUGAUGGAAAAGCAAAGCUAAAAGAUGAUGAUAGCCUGUUGUCUACGGAGCUUCGAUGCCACCGAUGUAGAAGCGCUCACCCCAACAUGCCGCGAUUAAAAUCUCACAUUACCGACUGUCGAGCCCCCUUUCCAAGCACCCUGCUCCAAAAUGGUCGUCUUGUUCACGCACCAAGCAAUGUCAGCAUUGAUCCGUAG